AAACAUAGACGCUCCUCUGCACGCACUCAACAUGACUUCAGUAAGGAGGCAUGAAUAUUUGGCUGUCAUCCUAACAUGGUGCAUUAUGUACAAGACAUGUUUGGCUCAAGAAGACGAGAACACCACUAAUUACUCUUACAACUACAACUUUGACAAUACAACAAUUGACUAUAAUGAUUUUGAUGAGAUGUGCUCCAAGGAGGGCAAUCGUCAAUUUAGGAAGUGGUUCAUGCCCACUUUCUACGCCAUCAUCUGCAUUUUGGGGCUCACUGGAAACCUGCUAGUCAUCCUCACAUACUUUUACUUCAAACGUCUGAAAACCAUGACCGACGUGUAUCUUCUCAACCUGUCAUUCGCUGAUCUCCUCUUUGUAACUUCUUUACCCUUUUGGGCAUUUAACUCAAUGAGCACAUGGGUGCUAGGUUUACCUGUGUGUAAAAUCAUGCAUACCAUUUACAAAGUUACCUUCUACAGUAGCAUGUUCCUCCUCUCCUCCAUCAGCAUAGAUAGGUACUUUGCAAUAUCCAAGGCUGUUUCUGCUCAUAAACACCGUUCUCAAGCAGUGUUUUUCAGUAAGAUCUCCUCUGCAGUUAUGUGGGUGUUAGCUCUAAUCUUUUCAAUACCUGAAAUGAAAUUCACCACAAUCAAUAACAACACAUGCACGCCUUAUAAGAGCAACAAUGAUAAGCUUCGUGUGAGCAUUCAAGCAAGUCAGAUAAUCCUAGCAUUUGUCAUACCACUUCUCAUCAUGGGUUUCUGUUAUAGCAGCAUAAUUCUGACGCUUAGCCAAACUCGAGGAUUUGAAAGAAACAAAGCUAUCAAAGUAAUUUUAGCAGUGGUGGCUGUAUUCCUAGGUUGUCAAAUGCCUUACAACAUUGUGCUAUUUUGGACCACUAUUGUCACAGCUAAGGGAGGGUCCAAAAAUUGCAAUAAUGAAAAUAGUGCGGUUUACGCCACAGAUAUCACCCAGUGUUUAGCCUUCUUCAGGUGCUGUCUCAACCCCUUUGUGUACGGGUUUAUUGGAGUUAAAUUUAGGCACGAUGUUCUGAAACUGCUGAAGGACUUGGGAUGUAUGAGUCGAGAAAGGUUUUUCAGAUACACCUAUGCCCAAAGAAAGACAUCACUGGCUACGGAAACAGAAACCUCCACCACCUUCUCGCCCUGAAGAUGCGAAGAAUGGACAACAGUUGAAAAUGUUAUCAGCGUAUUCAGUGUACAUAGAAAAUAGUUCAAUGCUAUCUUCUAUCAACUGUAUUUGUUGCAAGAGGAGGACAUCUCAGCCACUAUGGCAGCCUGGCUCUCCACUCCCUCACUCUUACUUCCUGUUGAUUGCAGGAGGGUCUGGAAACAAUACAGCACAUUGUUUAGGGUGAACCAAUAACAGCCGCUUUGUUGAACGUGUCUCUGAAAUGCAUUCAUUUCCUCUUGAAUAUUUUGGUAUCAUUGACUUCAGAUUUUCAACUACUAUAUAUUAGUCCAAUAACAAGGUAGCUGGUUCAAACCUAAUUUUGCAUACUGUUGUUGUGUCUUUGUGUAAGAUACUUCACCCACAUUGCCUUGUUCAUAAACAAUAAUAAGGUUGGUAGGGCAUCCGGCAUGAAAAAAUACCAGUUCUGUGGAACUCUUGGUCAACCAAGGACUUUGGUUUAGUUUGGUUUUAUGUGUUAAUAGUGACUGGCAGCUCCUCACCAAGGGUACAUAUCAUUCAGUGUGUUAAUAAUUGGAUUGUAACAUGUUUGUGUUUUACAUCUGUCUGAAUGCUGAUGUUGUACAUAAUAUACAUACUUGAAACAAUAUCUUUAAAAUAUAUAUAUUUUAAUUCACAUUUGAUCAUUGCUGUGUUCAGUGUUUUGACAGGAUUAUUUGUGGGUACAUGCCUAUAUGUGGAGCCAUAGCCCAAAGUAAAAUAUGUUUGUGAUAUGCCAUAGGGUAUUACAUCGGUUGUAAACAAGUCAAAUUCCUACUUACAUAAUGAAAUAGUUAGUAUUGUAUUUUUGUAAUAUAUACUAUGAGGAAACAGUAACCAAAUACUAUU